AUGGACAACGGCAAUGGCACAGCACCCAAUGAUCCCGAUGACCCCAUGGAAGAAGAGUUCUACUCUUCCUGGGCAUUGCUGAUUCUGACAAGUCUUCUCAUCGCCACAUUGUUCACAAGCUACUUCCUUCAACGCCACAGCAUUCGUGCCGUACACGAGAGUGUAGUCGCCAUUACAGCAGGGAUGUUGGUGGGCUUGGCUAUCAAACUAUCACCAGGAACGAUCAUUCAACGCAUGGUCCAGUUCAACCAGAGCUACUUUUUCAACCUAUUGUUGCCACCGAUCAUUCUCAACUCUGGCUAUGAGCUUAAAAGGCGACAUUUCUUUUACAACUUUGGUACAAUUCUUACGUUUGCAUUGGUUGGUACUUUUAUUGCUGCACUUGUCACUGGUGGCCUUGUGUUUUUGUACGCAUUUUUCCAUCCUGAGGGCAUCAACAUUAGCUUUAUCGACAGCAUGAUUUUUGGAUCGAUCUUAUCAGCAACCGACCCUGUCACUGUAUUGGCUAUCUUUUCUCAACUGCAUGUUGAUCCACAACUCUUUUCAAUCAUCUCUGGAGAAUCCUUAUUGAACGAUGCGGUUGCUAUCGUGUUGUCAGAGACGUUACAUAAAUUCCGGGGCCAAGAAUUGCAUGUCGUCAACAUCUUCAAAGGCAUAGGCGUCUUUAUGGGCGUUUUUACAGCUUCUACAUUGAUUGGCGUGCUUUUUGGUAUCAUCGUCGCAUUGAUGCUCAAGCAUUCAGAACUCUAUCGAUACCCAAGCAUUGAAACAUGCGUUAUUGCAUUGAUGGCUUACAGCAGCUACCUCUUUUCGAAUGGUGCCCAAAUGUCAGGCAUUGUCACGUUAUUGUUCUCUGGUAUCACACUCAAGCACUACGCCUAUGACAACAUGUCUCUUCGUACAAAACGAGCCACCAAAUACGUCUUCCAAGUCCUCUCGCAAUUGUCUGAAAACUUUAUCUUUAUCUACCUCGGUGUCAAUUUGUUUACACAAACAGGAUUGGAUUAUAAGCCUAUCUUUAUUUUGGUCACUACGGUGAUCAUUUGUAUUGCUCGUUACGUUGCUGUGGCUCCUUUAUCCAUGUUGAUCAAUGCUGUGUGCCGUGCACUCGGCAAAUCGGAGCAAAUUCUGCCAAGAUCGCAUCAACUCAUGUUGUUUUGGGCUGGACUUCGUGGUGCUGUUGCAUUCGCUCUUGCGUCUGGUCUAGUAGGUGAUAGUGCACCAGCCAUGCGAACAACCAUUCUCGCUGUGGUAGUAUUAACGGUGCUGCUAUUUGGUGGUACGACAAGCCGGAUGUUGCAACUCUUGGAAAUCCAAACGGGUGUGAUGGAAGCUGACGACUCUGGAAGUGAUGAGGAAGAUGAUCAGGAUUUGGACCCUAUGGGCUAUCGCAAAUUGAGACCUACACAGGCAACAGCACAUACCAGCAAUGCUUUAUUUGCAGAUAUCAGUGAUGAUGAGGAUGAUGAAAAUGGCGUUGCUCCUAAUGGUCAUGGAAGAGGAGGUGGAGGUGGAGGAGGAAAUGACAACAAUAGUCGACGUCGACGACUUGCUCGAAGCAAUAGCAACAACAACAUGGAUGUAUCUAUUGGUGGAUUAUUAUCUGGACCACUUGGUGACCCUAUCCCUGAGCCUCCUCAGCCGCAUUGGUUCAUGUCUUUUGAUGAGAAAUGGCUGAAGCCCCUGUUUACCAAGCGACACAUUCAAGCAAGGAAUCAAACAUUGGCGGACUACUGGCGAGAGAAACGGCGCAAGAUGGACCGUGCGAAUCGAAAUAUGCUUGCUGGCAUUCGUAGUAUGAGCUUUGGGCAAAGUUCUCAUGAUGAUUACUACUUUGAUGAUGAUGAUGAUAAUGCUGAUGCAUUGACGCUUGGAUCUGUACACAAUCAAUCCUUUGGUUUGAAUGGCUCAACAUCUGGUAAUGGUAAUAGUGGAGGAGGACCAUCGUCGUCGUCUCAACGUCUUGUCAUUGGUGCUGGUCGAGUGUUUGGACGUUCUCCCGUAUCUAGUCCGCCCGAUGGUUGA